CUCCACGUUCGGUUCUGUGUCACUUGCUUCAGUAGGAAUUUUCUCUUUCAUGCGACAGCUUUGUGUGGGCCACCACCACCGUCGUCGGUUCGGUUUUCCCUGGUAGAACUAUUUGCAAGUGGAAAAACGCCGCUGCAUCUACAGCAGGGGGUUUUCUGCCACACGAAAGAAAAUUACUGCGGUUUUGCACAUUAUAUGUAAUAUCCGUCUAGUCCAUAAACGGCAGCCGAUUGGUUUCAUUCCUGCGGUUGUGUAUGUGCCAUGAAUGAGUUAUUUGCCAACGAGACUGAACAAGCUAGUGAUAUUAAUGAUGUUAUUGUGCGCCACAACACCCUGAAUCGACGAUCAAGUUCAAGGAUCAAACUGACCGUCGCGCAUCACUAAAUGUUGUAUGUUCUAGUUAGUGUCGGCAGGCAGCACAUUAUUCUACGGUCAAGCUUACCUUCCUAUACAUGGCGGAUGGUAGUGCCACGUACGCUCCGUUGAAUGGAAAAGUUAAAGAAAGAUUUAAACAUUUUCAUCCUAGACGAUAGCUAUGUACAUCGCACAGCGGCUGCAUCAUUGUACGAGGACGAGCGGAUGUACGGCGAACAUGGUGGAUCACCGCUUCGCAUCUCGUACACACCUCCGCCGAUUCUUUCCGCUCGGGAUAAGCCAAGUGCCAACACAGGGAUACUGCUCAAUCACAUUGUCCCAGUUGAGCGGCCCGACUGUGUAUCGGUGCAUUCUGCCAGUCAGUCAAUUGCCACCGCCACCACCAUUGCCAUCACCAAUGAUGCCAUGAAUCAAGUUACCACCCUCGGUAGUGAUCCACUACAUGGGACAGAAUCGAACCGAGUUUGUUGCAACCCAGUCGCGAUAGAUAGUACCAAUACCGAGUUCCUGAUCUGCGACGACGAUUGUUUUCCACAGAAUGAAAUCCUCGAUGAUCCGCAUUUCAGUGACCUCGUGUACUCGGCAGAGAUUGCCAUCGAUGCCGGCAUCUAUCCGGAGCGCAUCUACCAGGGCAGCAGUGGGUCUUACUUCGUCAAAAAUCCCGCAAAUAAAAUCGUUGCAGUCUUCAAACCAAAGGAUGAAGAACCGUACGGGAGGUUGAAUCCAAAAUGGACCAAAUGGAUGCACAAGUUGUGCUGUCCGUGCUGCUUCGGUCGAGCGUGUCUGAUUCCGAAUCAAGGAUACCUUUCCGAAGCGGGAGCGAGCCUAGUAGAUCAAAAACUGAACUUGAACAUUGUACCAAAAACUCGCGUAGUGCGGCUGGUUUCGGAGACUUUCAACUAUCCCAGAUUGGAUCGCCAAAAAGCACGGAUCAAAAAAACCAUCAAGGAACGAAUACCGGCUGCCCGGUUCAAUCGAAUGAGCCUUCCGCCUAAAACCGGUUCUUUCCAGCUGUUUGUGGACGGUUACAAGGAUGCCGACUACUGGCUGCGGCGUUUCGAACAAGAACCCCUACCUACACGAUUAGGACAAAAGUUCCAGAUUCAAUUCGAACGACUUGUGGUGUUGGAUUACAUCAUUCGGAACACCGAUCGAGGCAACGACAACUGGCUGAUUAAAUACGAACAACCCACUAUUGUGCCACAAAGUAAUGGAAGCACGCCGAACGGUAUGCCACGUAGCAACAGCCGACUGGAGAUGAACGAAAAUACGGACUGGAAUCUUGUUCAACUGCCGGAGAUUAGAAUCGCUGCAAUCGACAACGGGCUGGCGUUCCCGUUCAAGCAUCCCGACUCAUGGCGGGCCUAUCCCUAUCAUUGGGCCUGGCUGCCCCAGGCCAAGGUUCCCUUCAGUCAGGACAUCAAGGACCUUAUAUUACCGUCGCUGUCCGAUCUGAAUUUCGUCGAAGAAUUAUGCAACGAGCUGUACGAACUGUUCAAGCAGGACAAAGGCUUCGAUCGUGGCCUGUUCGAGCGGCAAAUGUCUGUGAUGCGCGGUCAGAUCCUGAAUCUGACACAAGCCCUGAAGGACGGCAAGAGUCCCGUUCAGCUAGUGCAAAUGCCGGCUGUCAUUGUUGAGCGAUCAAAGGUGAACCCCGGUUCGGCAAGGUUUUUUUCAUUCCAGCAGCGCUUCCAAAACAAAAGCCCGUUCUUUUCUUGGUGCUAAAGGAUUGCCUACAUCGGAACAAACGCUUUCCUGCUCCAACGGCUAGAAUAGAUAGGCGGUGAAAUGGCUGUGCGAGUAUCAAGGUGAAAUGAGUAAAUUGGUACCGGCAGGAUGAUGUUGUUACUCAAUGGUGAUAAUGCACGUACCAUUGGACAGCCAGCAGACUGUUAGGAAGAACAUGUUCCGAGAACACUGUUUGUUUGUAUGUAAAAUAAAAAAUCGUUAUAAAAUUCAUAUGGAAACAAAUCUAUUUGUAUUUAUCAAUAAAUAAUACUAUAGUUUAAUAGUGCAAAAAUAGUAAUCCACUAAUCACAUCAAUUGAAACCACAAUUUUAAUAAUGGGUAAUUUCACCAGAAUAUUAUGCAGCUAUUACUUCUAAUUUCAAAAUGUUUCACUGUUGGAGAUUAUUUUGAAAUUUAGCGAGUAGCGAAACACUCCAAAAAUGCAAAUCGCAAAUCACUGUGGUUAAAUCGCUCAGUGAUUAUUAUUUACAAGCCUUUUCCUUUGUUGUAUAUAUUGCUCAAAACAUGAAAAUUUGUUGUACCAAAAAGUAAACUAUUUAAUCUUGUGAUUCAUCCUGAUUUUUCAAAAACCAGCCCUGCAUGUUUGCACUAUAUUCAGUAAGUAGAGAAUCUGAAAAUCAAUACUAGUCUUAUGUAAUGGAAGGAAACGUUAUCCCAGGUUGUUCGAGGUUGGAAAGCUCAUAGACAACAACAGAACGUAUAAGGAAUUUGAUAAAAGGAUACGAGAUUGUACCGAUAGGUCCAAAACAAUUUACUUAGAGAAAUUGAUCAAAUUUUUCAUACCCUUAUAACAGAAACAAACUAUAGGCUAGUUGCAUCUUGGUAGUUAGAUAGGGUUCCUAGUAUAUAAAUCCAUUGAAACCGACUACGCGAUAAAAAAAAGAAUCCGAAUAACUAGAAACAACAGAAUUGUGUAUUUUAAAUCAAGCCCCAAAUGUGAACAUUGCUAGUUUUAGUUGAACUUCAUCAUCACACGAAGUGCAGUCCUCGAUACGCCAACGGCAUUAUACAAUCAAUUAGUUUCGGUGACAAUUUAAUAAUAACCCAUCCA